AUGUAUGGAUUUAUGAAAGAGUUAAACCUCUCCGAGUCGCUUGCUGACGAUCGUUUGUAUCACUAUUGUGCUUUCUCAACCUCCAAUGCUUAAAUCAGCCAAGCUCUGCUGUUAUGAUGCCUUCUCAAAGCGAGCAUCAACCAUUUCUCCCUAAAGACGCCACGUCCAAGGAGUCGGAUCUCGCGCAUACGCAUCGGUCGGCGCGUAGUGCUAUUCUGUCCAACUCUCUCGUCUUCGUUUUCACUUCUCUGCUCUGGCUCAUAGUGGUCACAUUCGCGUUGCGUGCUUCCGAAAACAAGUCGGAGAGCACUGGCAUUGAUCAUGGCCACCGACAUAAUGUAACAACCAACGCCAAACUCUUGACAUGUGGCAACUCGACCGCAGAGGCGCGGGACCUGGGCUGCAAGUACGACGUUUUCCUCAACAACUGGGUGCCACCGCCAUGCUACGAUGAGGAAUGGAUUGCCGAGUACCUGGAAGAUAACAGCUGGAGCGCCUAUGCCGACGAGAAUCUCACCCAGCAAUUAGAACUCGAACAGAUGGAGGAUAGGGACUUUUACUAUACGUCGUUCCGAGACCACAUCAACCACUGCGCGACCAUGUGGAAUAAGCAAUUCUGGGCGCUCUAUGAGGAGCGGAUGGCACUUGACACGGUCAUUGUUAAUCCUGCUCAUACGGAGCAUUGCGCCCAGUUCCUCAGGGAUGCCUCGGAGGUGAAUGCAAACCAAGCAACCAAGACAAAUGUGGGCUUCGCGGGCUGUUGGAUCCGAGCUAGGAUCUACCAAUAAAUGUUAACUACCUACCUAACCUACUGUAUCUUGUCCAGGCUGUAUGGU